AUGGAUUAUAAGGAAACAGACCUUCAAAAAGAGCGAGAUCCUACAAUGGCAAUUAAUUUAGGCAAAGAUGAUGAAGAAAGACAACAUAAAGAGGCAAUUUUAGAAAAAUAUCCAAUUGGACUCAAUUACGUAACUUCAAACAACUUUGAUACUGUUGCCAAAGGUAUAGAUAUAAUUUAUGACUCGAUUCGUUUCGAUGAUUCAAUUAAUCUUCCAGAAGAAAUUUUUGAAGUUGUUUCAAAUUAUGCAUUACUCUUUCUGAACAUAGAUGAACUAAAGGCAACUCAUCCGGAAUACUCUGAUCAGACAAUUAACACUGUAAUUGUAAAAAGUACAAUAAUCGUUGCAAAUCACUUCAAAGAUGAUUCAAAGUUACAGUUUUUGAUGAGCAAUGGGUUCUUCAUCAGAUUUAUCACGGCACAAAUGACAAAUUACUAUUUCUUUUUAUUAAUUAAAUUUAUUAGCUUUCAUAAGGAAUUUAUGGCUUUUGUUCUUCACGAAACAAAUAUAUUUGACAGGAUUAUUGAUACCUUUCAGAAAUUUGAUCUCAAAAACGAAUCAACAUGGAAAAAUAUUGAUUUUUUAAGUAUUUUCGUUUUUUGUCAGAAUUUUAUACAAAUUUACAUGGAAAAUCAAGAUGAUAUAGAGUUUCCUCUUAAUAUUGAUCAGAUUAUUCAAAUUAUAUUAACAAGUACCAGAAUUUUGAGAUUUUUUGAUGCAAAAACACUUAGUAACGCUAUUAAAUUCUAUGUUGUUGCCUCUACUAACCAUGAAUUAUUAGCAGCAAUGAUAAAUGAAAAAAUAAUUUUAUCAAUCCAAAGAAUAUUUGAAAUAUCCGUUUAUCUUCCUACUUGUAAUAAUAUAAUCAGAAACAUAUUGCAAAUACUACUAUCAAUUUCAGAUUUUUCUGAUUUAAAUCAAUAUUUAUUAACAGAUGAAGUUCAAAUCUGGAAUUUUUUAUUUGCAAUUGAAGAACAAAUUGAUGACACAACCAUCCAUGCCUAUAUUGCAGAGCUUGAAAGCAGAUUAAUAUUUUUAGAUCCAAAAACUGCUUUUUAUGACAGAAUAGAGAAUAUUGUUGAACAUUUACCUUAUAAAUAUAAGGAAGAAUGGUAUUUAAAACUCUUAGAAACCAUCUUUCAUUGUAAUGACGAAAUAUUCAAAGCGAUUUUAUCCAAUUCAGGGUUUUUAUUUAAGAUUUUGACUUUGUAUCCAGAUCAAAAUAAUGAUAGAGAAAAAUUACUGACUUAUUUGGAACUUUGCCUCGGAAUGAAAAUUAAUCUUUUUUCUGUUCCAUUAAAUGACGCUAGAUAUUCAGAAUUUAUUAAUAAUGAAGAUGAAUUUGCUGAUUGGAUUAUAGAACUCUACGAUAAUUAUCAAGAUGUUCUUAAUAGUCUUAAUGAUGAAUUUAGAGAACCUGCUGAAUAUGUGACUUCUUAUUUAGAUGAACUUAUUCAGCAUUUUAAUGAUAAAUAA